UGUUCAUGUAUCGGAUAACCAAAUCAUGAAAGUUCAAGAUUCAAAUAGGAACAAGGUAAGAUUGUAGUUCAAUAUGGACGUUGGUCAAUAACCUUACAUUAUUCUAAUUUCCAAUUUGGGCAAACAUAAUCCAUUUCGAAUCUUGAACAGGUACAUUUCACAAACAUAAUAUUCUGACGAAAGAUUUCUUUCCAUCUUUCAAUCUCCUUCCAACAAAAGAAGAAGAAAAAAAACUCAACUAUAAGAAACUUCUCCAUAGUCAUUUCUUCUUCUUUCUUUCAUUUUACCCUCCCACAAAUCUCCAUUACCCAAUAAUCCCCAUUCCCUAAACAUGGUUUAUCCCAUGAUCACCACCACAUUUCCAGCCAUAUUCCUAACCCUAACCCUAAUCAUCUCCCUCUUUCAUUUCUCCUCUUCCCAAUCCCCAAACCUCGUCCAAGACAUCUGCCAGCAAGCCGCCUUAGUCCCUCCCACCACAUUCAAGGCCUGCGUAGCCACAUUCGCCUCGAAACCCGGCUCGCGGUCCGCCGAUCUCAAAGGUCUGGCCCAAAUCACCCUCAAAUCCGGCAUCGCCACUGCCAAAGAGGCCCAGAAAUAUGUGGAGGCCCGACUUUUGGCCGCGGCGCCCCAUCUGGCCCGGCCCACCUUGAAGAGCUGCGCAUCGUGGCUCUCAGCGGCUGCGGGUUCAUUUGGCGGUGCGCUGGUGGAGCUCGACGAGGACGUGAUGUCUGCCAAUUACGAUUCGAAGAUCGCCGGUGACGAUGCGAGGAGCUGCCGGGCGGCUUUGGCCGCCGGGAGAGUGUCGGAGCCGUCGCUGGAAGUUAGGGUUGGUUACCUGGUUUUGUAUAGCAAUAUCGCGGAUGUUAUCACUGACCGUUUGAUGACGUCUGGAUAGGAAGACUUUGUAAGAAAGGGUUUUGGUGUACCGGCAGUACGUUCGUAGUGUUGAAUAAAUGAACAAGAAUCGU